AUGACAUUUGGAGACCAUCAUGAUGCUGUCUUCCAUGGCAGUAGCCAGCUUAGGCCCCCACUUUAUUGCAGUCCGAUCCUCUCAGCAUACCGACUUCCUCCAUUCACACGUCACAUUAGAGCGACACCCACAUCCAACAUAUCACAACACGAACAUUUCCUCCUGUCAUUAGAACGUACUGAUAGAGAGAUAUCGAUCUUAAUGGGGCCAAUCCCGUUUUCCUUUCUUCAAUCCUAUCAACCAUUUCGUUAUCGCGGAGACCACCGGACGAAAAACCCCAGAAACGACGGCCCCGCUAUCGAGAUAACAAGAGAUGAUCUGCUUCUGCUUGGUCAUACCUUUCCUCACAAGGGAACUUUUGCAGACACUGACAUAUGUUUCUCAAAAUUGGAAGCCAAGUCAAAAGUCAAGUACUGGAAUAACCACAUUUGUGUACGAACUAUAACACUCUGUAUUAUUUUGUGUAACGGAGACCCUUGCCGAAUGGACUGUCGCUGUCCAGCAGCGGCCAAUGGCCCCCAGUCGGUGACAACUGUCCAUUGUAUCGUGGAAAGAACGAGACUUAGCAAGAUCGACGACGAGUAG